UUCUGAGAAAGCAAUGGGACAGGGAGAUGCAGGGUAAAUUAAAGGUUUAUGAAGGGUUUAGCUUCAAGGCGGCUAGUACACACGCUCUCUAUGUGAAUUCAGUUCCUUUGCAAACUUCUUCUCCAACCCAUUUCCUCUAAAUCCCAUUCGACAUCCCAAUCCUACUCGAUUCCAUCAAUUUAAUUUCCCUCAAAAUAUUAUUCAAAUUGAUGUCCUUUUGUAAAACCCCAAUAGUCUCUGCAAAUCUCAGCAGCAAGACCGAUCAUUUACUUCCCUUUCGUAACGAAAUAAAUUUUUCUCUAAAUACUUCUAGGAUUUCCACAGCCAUGUGGAGCAACAUUGCCAAGCGAGCCGUUUCAAGGCCCCAGGGUUUUGGCCUUAAUUCCCACUCCCUCAGACUGGUUCAUAGCUUUCUGGGUCUUACCCAGGACCGGGUGUUCCCCGAGAAAUUCAGAUUUAGGCCCUCUGAGCUUAGCGCUUGCUCGGAUUAUGGGUUUACGGAAAUGGGUUAUCGUCGAAAUGGCGAAGUUCUGUCACAUGAGAACUUUAUGGGGAGGCCAAGUUUUGGACUUAGAGGGUUUUGUCCCAAAGGGUAUGCAAGUUUGGCCGAGGCCGAGGCCGUUUUGUCUACAGAUAUGGAGGAAGAUGCCUCGGUUGCCGAGGAUAUACAAGAGUUAUUGCAGGAAAUGAGUAAAGAAGAGAAGAGGCUGGUUGAUUAUAGACGGCGGAUGCAGCAGAAUAUGGUGAGGGGAAUGGGGCAAGGGAAGUAUCACUUGAUUAAGAGGAGGCAGGUGAAGAUUGAGACCGAGGCAUGGGAACAAGCGGCAAACGAGUAUAGGGAGCUUUUGAUGGAUAUGUGCGAGCAGAAGCUGGCACCGAAUUUGCCGUAUAUGAAGUCGUUGUUUCUUGGUUGGUUUGAGCCUUUGCGGGAUGCCAUUGAAAAGGAGCAAGAGUUGUGCCGGAAUGGGAAGAACAGGGCAGCAUAUGCCCGGUAUUUCGACCAGUUGCCGGCUGACAUGAUGUCGGUUAUCACAAUGCAUAAGUUGACGGGUUUAUUGAUGACAGGAGGUGAACACGGGGCUGCGAGGGUGGUACAGGCCGCUUGCAUGAUAGGUGAUGCCAUUGAGCAGGAGGUUAGAAUUCACAAAUUCUUGGAGAAAACAAAACAGAAGAAGGGUGAUAAAGAUAAGAAAAAGGAAGGAGGUGACUCUGAUGCUGUUAUAAAGGAACAAGAUAAGUUGAGAAAAAAGGUCACUAAUUUGAUGAAGCAGCAAAAGCUGCUAGCAGUGAAGCAGAUAGUGAAGGGACAGGAUGAUUCAAAACCGUGGGGGCAGGAUGCUAGGGCUAAGGUUGGAAGCCGGCUGAUUGAACUGUUGAUGCAAACAGCUUAUAUACAACCACCGAACAAUCAAUUUGCAGAUGGUCUACCUGACAUUCGACCAGCAUUUGUACACUCAUUCAGAACUGUGACAAAUGAAGGAAAGAAAACGAGCAGAAGAUAUGGUAUCAUUGAAUGUAACCCUCUAGUUCACAAAGGUCUUGAGAAAACUGCAAGGCACAUGGUGAUUCCUUAUAUGCCAAUGUUGGUGCCCCCAGUCAAGUGGAGAGGUUAUGACAAAGGAGGGCACUUGUUCUUACCUUCUUAUAUCAUGCGCACUCAUGGAUCCAGACAGCAACGUGAAGCAGUAAAGAGGGCACCUAGGAAGCAACUAGAACCUGUUUUUGAGGCCCUGAAUACUCUUGGUUAUACCAAGUGGAGGAUAAAUAAGAGGGUCCUGAGUGUUGUAGAAAGAAUAUGGGCUAAUGGAGGCCGUCUUGCUGAUAUGGUGGACCGCAAUGAUGUUCCUUUACCGGAUGAGCCAGAUACUGAAGACGAGGCUCAGCUUAAGAAAUGGAAAUGGAAAAUCAAAUCUGUGAAGAAAGAGAACAGGGAGAGACAUUCACAGCGCUGUGACAUAGAACUUAAACUUGCUGUAGCACGAAAAAUGAAGGAUGAAGAUGGUUUUUUCUACCCGCACAACCUUGACUUUCGCGGCCGUGCAUACCCGAUGCACCCAUACUUAAAUCAUCUUGGCUCAGAUCUAUGUCGGGGUAUUUUGGAAUUUGCAGAAGGACGCAGUCUUGGAAAAUCAGGCUUACGUUGGUUGAAGAUACACCUAGCAAAUCUAUAUGCUGGUGGUGUGGACAAAUUGUCUCAUGAGGGUCGAAUAGCAUUUACUGAGAACCAUUUGGAUGAUAUAUUUGAAUCUGCAGACAGACCACUUGAAGGCAGAUGCUGGUGGUUGAAUGCAGAAGAUCCAUUUCAGUGCUUGGCUGUGUGCAUGAAUUUAACUGAGGCCUUGAGAAGUUCUUCCCCAGAGACUUUUAUUUCACAUAUUCCUGUACACCAGGAUGGCUCUUGCAAUGGUUUACAACACUAUGCUGCUCUUGGAAGAGACAAGUUGGGAGCAGUUGCUGUAAACUUAGUUGCGGGGGAGAAGCCUGCAGACGUUUACUCGGGAAUAGCUGCUAGGGUACUAGAAAUCAUGCAGAGAGAUGCUCACAAAGAUCCUAAUAUUUUUCCAGAUGCGUUGCAUGCAAGAAUAUUAAUCAAUCAGGUUGACAGGAAAUUGGUGAAGCAAACAGUGAUGACAUCAGUUUAUGGUGUCACUUACAUCGGUGCUAGAGAUCAAAUCAAGAGAAGGUUGAAGGAACGCGGUGCAAUUGCAGAUGAAGCAGAGCUGUUUCGUGCUUCUUGCUAUGCUGCAAAGACCACUCUAACUGCCUUGGGGGAGAUGUUUGAAGCCGCACGCAGUAUCAUGAGCUGGCUUGGUGAAUGUGCAAAAAUAAUUGCAUCUGAAAACCAGACGGUGCGGUGGACAACUCCACUUGGACUUCCUGUUGUCCAACCCUACCGAAACUUGCAAAGGCAUCUUAUAAAAACUUCUCUUCAGGUUCUAACGCUACAGCGAGAAACAGAAAAGGUCAUGGUCAAGCGGCAGAGGACGGCUUUCCCACCAAACUUCGUUCACUCCCUUGAUGGUUCUCACAUGAUGAUGACUGCAAUUGCCUGCAAAAGAGCAGGCUUAAACUUUGCAGGAGUUCAUGAUUCAUACUGGACCCAUGCAUGUGAUGUGGAUGAAAUGAGCAGUAUACUUAGAGAAAAGUUCGUUGAACUCUAUGAGACGCCAAUACUGGAGAAUUUACUUGAGAGCUUCCAGCAGUCCUUCCCAACAUUGUCUUUCCCUACCUUACCUGAACGUGGAGACUUUGAUUUAAGGGACGUGUUAGAAUCACCAUACUUCUUCAACUGAGCUGACGCACAGAUUUCUCUCAUCUAGGCUAAAGAGAUCUCAUGCCUCGAUUGAUGUUUUCUUCCCUGGCAUUUGUCUCCGUUUCUAUCCAUAGGCCAUAUCGGAACGAAAGGAAGGUAAGCCGCUUUACCUUCAUUCGCAUAUCCUCUUUAUUUUCUUCCUUUGCCGCUGCUUCGCUUGUAGACAUGGGAUAAAUUAGAGGAAUGAACGAGGUACUGCCAACCAAAGGAGCAUGGUUAGGAAAGGAGGGUAUUUUAUCAAAAUCCCUUCUCGAGAAUUGCUGCACCAUCCAUGUAUAUGUAUAUAUAUAUUGCGAAGGAUGUCCCUGGGCAUCAAGAAGAUCGAUAUAUGAUACAGGAUCUGCUCGAUGUGGCCUCUAACUCUGAGCUUCUAUGAUCUAGUACAGCCAACAUGAACUUUAGUUUCUGAAGCAGGAAAAUUCCUAGGAAGCUGAGAUAUAUGCACAACCUGGUUGCAGCUCAAAACAGCUUGUCAACGUUACAUCCAUUGCAUCGUAUUAAAGAUGCAAAGCUUCACGAUGAUUCAAUUGACAUCAGAACCGGUUUGUAUAUCCUCGACAGCCAGAAAACGCUAAG